GUCCAAUACAUGUAAUCAAUUCUACAACUCUCAGUAAUUUGAAUCUUUCAUCAAAUGCCCUCUCUGGUUCUUUGCCUUCUACUGUGGGAAGAUGUGUCAUUGUGGAUUUGAGCAGAAAUAUGCUCUCUGGUGAUUUGUCUGCAGUCCAGAGUUGGGAAGCCCGUUUGGAAAUUCUUGACUUGAGUUCAAACAAGUUGUCAGGAAGCAUUCCUAAUCUGACAUCCAAUUUCCCGAGUUUGACCACUUUCAAUAUUAAAAAUAAUUCUUUGGUAGGUACCUUACCUCCUUCACUAGGGAGCUACCCAAGGCUGUCUGCAGUUGAUCUGAGCUUGAAUUUACUUGACGGGCCUAUUCCACCUAGUUUUUUCAUUUCAAUGACCUUGAUAAACCUGAACCUUUCAGGCAAUAAUUUUACAGGAUCUAUUCCUGUGCAAGGUUCGCAUGCAAGUGAAUUCUUAGUGCUACCUUCUUAUCCACCAAUGGAGUCUCUUGAUCUCUCUUAUAAUUCCUUAGCGGGUACCUUGCCUUCAGGCAUAGGUAACUUCGGUCAGCUUAAGUUGCUGAAUCUUGCACACAAUGGCUUAUUGGGACAGAUACCAAAUGAAUUGAGCAAGCUUAGUGGCUUGGAGUACCUAGAUUUAUCUAGUAAUAAUUUCAAUGAUAAAAUACCUGAUAAGCUUCCAUCGAGUCUAAAGGUUUUCAACGUGUCCUAUAAUAAUCUAUCAGGAUCUAUUCCAGAAAACUUGAGAAACUUCCCUAUUAGUUCAUUUCGUCCUGGGAACUUGUUGCUGAGCUUGCCAAAUAGCAUGUCGUCCCAGAAUGAUAACUCUGCUGAAAUUCAUGGGAGCGGAAAGCAUCACAGUUCAAAAUCAAGUGUUAGAGUAGCUAUUAUUGUUGCUUCGGUUGGGGCUACUGCGAUGGUUGCCUUUGUACUGAUAGCUUAUCAUCGGGCUCAACUUCAGGAUUUUCACAUGAGAAGUGGGUUUAGUGGCCCAACCACUGGUAGAGAUGUUAGAUUAGGAAGAUUUUCCAAGCCUUCUCUCUUCAAGUUCCAGGCAAAUAUUGAGCCCGCAUCAACUUCAUGUAGCUUUUCUAAUGCUCACUUAUUAACUUCAAAUUCAAGGUCAAUGUCGGGGAAAGCAGAAUUUAGUACUGAGAUUGUUGAACAUGUUUUGCCUGAAGCAAGGGCUGCUACUUCGGUAUCUCUGAGUCCCAAUGUCCCAGAUAAUCAUCCAGUGAUAUCUGGAAGGAAGUCUUCUCCAGAUUCCUCUUCAUCACCCCGUUUUAUUGAUGCAAUUGAACAAUCUGUGACAUUAAAUGUCAAUUCACCAGAUCGAUUGGCUGGAGAACUGUUCUUCCUGGAGGCUUCGCUAGCAUUCACAGCUGAGGAGUUGUCACGAGCUCCAGCAGAAGUUUUAGGUCGAAGUAGUCAUGGCACUUUGUACAAAGCUACUCUAGAUAGUGGACACAUGUUGACUGUGAAGUGGCUGAGGGUGGGAUUGGUCAAACAUAAAAAGGAAUUUGCCAAGGAAAUAAAAAAAAUUGGAUCAAUGAGGCAUCGUGACAUUGUCCCGUUACGAGCUUAUUAUUGGGGGCCAAGAGAACAGGAGAGGCUUAUUUUAGCAGAUUAUGUCCAGGGAGAUAGCUUGGCUUUGCAUCUUUAUGAGGCGACACCACGGAGGUACUCACGACUAUUGUUCAGCCAAAGGUUGAAAGUUGCUGUUGAUGUUGCCCAGUGUCUGACAUAUCUUCAUGAUAGAGGCCUACCUCAUGGGAACCUAAAGCCUACUAAUAUACUCCUCACAGGCUCUGAUCUCAAUGCCUGUAUUACCGAUUACGGUCUCCACCGUCUGAUGACACCAUCUGGGAUCGCAGAGCAGAUACUAAACCUAGGAGCACUUGGAUACCGUGCUCCUGAACUCGCUAUAGCAGCCAAACCAGUCCCUUCAUUCAAAGCGGACGUGUAUGCAUUUGGAGUGAUUUUGAUGGAAUUGUUGACUAGAAGAAGUGCCGGCGACAUUAUCUCUGGUCAAUCGGGUGCCGUUGAUCUUACCGAUUGGGUUCGGCUAUGUGACCGUGAAGGUCGAGGAAUGGACUGCAUCGACAGAGACAUUGCUGCCGGGGAGGAACACUCGAGAGCGAUGGAUGAAAUGCUUGCGAUAUCGCUGAGGUGUAUUCUACCUGUAAAUGAAAGGCCUAAUAUGAGACAAGUCUUUGAGGAUCUGUGUUCUAUAUCUGUUUGAAAUUUUGUACAUGGUUGAUUUGUUGAUUUUUAUUUCUAUGUUUUUGUUUUCCUCUUUGUCAAUUGGUUUCCUAUAAUCUGGGCCGAUCCUCUCAUUUUUAUCUUAAUUUUUUUUUGGUGUAAAGGGAUAGUUGAUCCAUUGAUUGAUUGAUUGACAGUGUUAAUUUCAGUUUGUUCUUGAAUUGAAAAAGAUUGCAAUUCAUUUUUCUCAUUUGUUUAUAUUGAGAAUCAAUUGCAAUGGCACAUUAAAAAGCCAA